UUACUAGUUUACUACACUGAGAAGCUGCUUUUACCUUCUCUCUCUCUCAUGCUUCUUCGACUUUCAAUGCUCUGAAACCCUAACAACUUCAGAUUCAGAGCAAAACCUUACUGAAAACCGCAACAAUGUCGAUGUCAAAGAGCUCCAAGAUGCUUCAAUACAUUAACUACCGAAUGAGGGUCACUAUCCAAGACGGCCGCCAGCUCGUCGGAAAAUUUAUGGCCUUCGACCGCCACAUGAACCUUGUCCUCGGAGACUGCGAAGAGUUCCGGAAGCUUCCACCGGCCAAGGGAAAAAAAACCGCGCCAGGAGAAGACCGCGAGGACCGCCGCACACUUGGCCUGGUUCUCUUACGCGGCGAGGAGGUUAUCUCCAUGACCGUCGAGGGUCCUCCGCCGCCUGAAGAGUCACGCGCUAAGGCCGUCAACGCCGCCGCAAUGGGCGGUCCUGGCAUAGGCCGUGCCGCAGGCCGAGGUAUCCCCGCAGCUCCAGUUGUCCAGGCCCAGCCCGGGCUGGCUGGGCCCGUCCGUGGUGUUGGUGGACCAGCUCCCGGCAUGAUGCAGCCGCAGAUCUCGCGCCCGCCGCAGCUUUCGGCGCCACCAGUUUCUUAUCCCGGCGGUGCACCGGUUAUGCGGCCGCCUGGCCAGAUGCCGGGGUAUCCUGGUCAGGGUCCACCGCCAAUGGCACGAGGCCCGCCACCUCCGAUGCCGCCUGGGCAAUUUGCACCACCCAGGCCCGGUGGUGGGCCUCCACAGCCUUUCCCUGUUCCGCCACAGUUUGGGCAGCGGCCUAUGGGUCCUCCACCACCUGGUCAGAUGGUGAGAGGGCCUCCUGCUCCGCCAAGGCCAGGGAUGCCCGCCCCGCCUCCGCCUCGUCCUGGGAUGCCUCCUCCACCUGGCAGCGGCGUUCCGGUGUUCGGACCUCCUCGCCCAGGCAUGCCUCCUCCACCGAACCCACAAAACCAGCAACAGCAGUAGUGGUAAUGAACUAGCUAAAUUCGAGUUGUUAUUGUUGGUGCUCUGAAGAAUUGAAGAUUUGGACCUUGGACAUGUGCAUGUUGCAAACCAUCUUGUAGUUAAGCGGUGAUUGUUGCUUGUACAACCUAGAUCAUUCUCUUGUUAGGGAAUUUUUUAAAAUGUGUUGAUGAGAAGUUCUAUGUUAGAAAAUCAUGUUUUCGGGGAGGUUAUGCUAUUGCAGCCUGAGCAUUAGACUUAUAAAUCAAUUGUGUAGAUUGUCAAGAAAGGAACAAAAAUAUGAUGCCGGAUUGCAAAGACAGUGUACUGAUUUGUGAGUGUAGGACCGAUCUGUGACCCCAAUAUAUUUCUGAUUACAUAAUAUACUUAUGACUUGGGUAAUGUUGAGCAA